ACACGAUUUUGCUAUGUUCAGAAGUUGCGAUAUUUUCAAUGGCAGCUUUGAUACCACCACUGUCAUUCAGACCCACUCAAACAAUCACCCUGAGCUUUCCUCUCAUCUACAGAUCCUCCCCCAAAUCAUUUGCAACAAAAAUGGCUUUCCAUGUCACGGCCGCUGCCGCCUCUGCUUCCACCAUCACUACAAGAAAGCUUCCCGUUUUGCUAUUCGACAUAAUGGACACGAUUGUUCGCGACCCUUUUUACCACGACAUCCCUGCAUUCUUCGGAAUGUCCAUGAAGGAACUAUUAGACUGCAAACAUCCUACAGCGUGGAUUGAGUUUGAAAAAGGUCUCAUUGAUGAGAUGGAACUAGAAAGAAUAUUUUUCAAAGAUGGAAGACAAUUUGACUUGGAAGGUCUCAAAAGCUGUGUAAGACAAGGAUACUCAUAUAUUGAAGGUGUUGAAGAACUUCUUAGUACACUGAAAGAUAAUGGCUAUGAGAUGCAUGCUUUUACAAAUUACCCAAUAUGGUACAAAAUGAUAGAGGACAAAUUGAAGAUUUCCUCCUACUUAUCUUGGACAUUUUGUUCAUGUAUAAUGGGAAAAAGAAAGCCUGAUCCCCUUUUCUAUUCAGAAGUUAUAAAGUACCUUGACACUGAGCCACAUAAUUGUGUCUUUAUUGAUGACAGGAUGAAGAAUGUAGAGGCUGCAAAAGAAGCUGGCAUCAUUGGAUUACAGUUCAAGAAUGCAGAUUUGUUGAAGCAGGAUUUAUCUCUUUUGGGCAUCAAAUUUGAUAACAAGAACAUGAAAAACAAGUUUCAGCAAACACAUGGGCUGUGAAACUAUGAAACCAUCCCCAAUAAUGGUUCAUACAUUUUUUAGCAUUUCUUUUGUUGUAAGAAAUAUGAAAAAAAAAGUAUGAUUCUUUUGAUUGAAGUAUGUACAGUGUUCCUUGAUGAACACAUGGUUCGUUUUUUUUUAUACAUGCUUGAUGACAAAAAAUAAAAAAGCUAUUAUAGAAUGGCCCCUAGUAUGACAUACAUUCAUUUCUUGUCUGAUAAAGUUAUAAACUUUGUGCUUUAUGCCUAUAAGAUAACUAAUUCUUAUAGAAUGAUCCCAAACAUGGCAUAUACAUGCUACAUUUUUCAAAGUAUAAUGUUGUAAUAAUAAGAAAUAAAAGCAGGAUGCUAUAAUACACAAAUAAAUGAAAGUAUGUUGUAGCAUUUAUCCCUUAAUCUUUGUUCAAACUUCAAACUAUGAGAAAGAAUUGCUCAUAUCCUACAACUAAUGCAGCUUACUUGGGAUGAGACUAUUUCCACAGCCUUAUCUACAACAACACUAAACCAAACUUACAUUUCAAAGGCAAACAAUAAAAAAGUAUAAAGCACAAGCCAUAUACAACUAAAACACCAUCAUACACUAUUCUUUUAUGCCCAUAUCAACUAACAAAACAAUUUCAUGUGAAAUUUCUUCUUUCCUUGUGACCGAGGUGCUAUGCUCCUUGCACAACCCCUACAGGUUCCAAGGGUAAAAUGGGCUUUUCACUUCUCAUACGUAAGCUCAUUUGUAUGUUAUUGAUGCUAUGAUGCAGAAGCUUUCGAUGUUAAAGUAUGGAGCAUCGAUUGAGCAACAAUCAACUCCUCUCGAAGCAUCACAUUGUAUUCGUAUAAGUUUUGAAGGUUUUUCUGGAUUUCUGAAGCACUUAAUUCUGAACCAGGUUUGAUUUCU